UAACCACAGACAGUUUCAGUAAAACAUUACAUUACAAACGUUGAUCUAACGAUUUGAUUUACUAGUUGUAGUGUCACUACAUAUUUUGAAAAUAUUUUCCAUUUCAUAAAUUACGAUAAUUGCAUAAAAAUGAAUUCCCAAGUUGCAUCCUUAAAGGCCGAUGAAGCAGUUAAUUGGUUCCAGAAACGUUUGAAGAAUGCUGUUAGUUAUGGACUUUCUUCUGAAGAAUGCAAAAUGUUUGAAAUUUUCAUUACAUCAACCUUGGCUGAUGUUGACAUAAAAAAGCAAAUAACUAAUACAGUUCUUCCAACAUUUUUUGAAAACUUAAUAUCAAGAAAAGUCAAUAAACCAACUAUAGAUGCACAAGCAACUAUAAUAAGAUUGUUUAUGAAAUAUUAUGGAGGAACAUGUAAUCAAUUCAAGAAUAUAUUAGAUAAAUUUACGUCUAAAGCACUAAGAGAGUGUUUUAAUGAAGAUAAUAUUGUUAACAAAGUGACAAAAUAUCUUGCUUUAUCUCCUCAAUGUGGUGGUCGUGGCCAACAAGGUAUUAAUCAUGCUGAAGCUUGGACUAAUCAAUUUAAUGAUUAUCUGUACUGCGCCAAUUAUUUUUUGAACCAACUUUAUACUAAUGUUAAUUUUUUCUUUGGAAUGGAUGUGACAGAUCAAUAUGAAGGAAAAUUUGAUAUAUCAAUUUUUAAUUUAUCUGAACUUGCACAAAUGACUCCUAAAGAACGUUAUGAAAAGUUGACAUCAUUAUUUAUAUUUUUCAAUACUGCAAUCCAAUCAAUGUUGUUGUCAAUGUUCUCUACUGUCAAACAUCUUGAUUCCAACAAAGUCAUACAAUUUGUCCUCAGUACUUUGUCAGUUACUUCAGAAAAACUUAACGCUACAAUGAUAACUGAAGAUGUCAUUGCAUUGGAUUCUGUUUUAUGGAAAUUACACUGUUCUGCCAUUAAAACAAUUUCAGCCCUUAUUAAAUGUUGUGGAAGGAUAUUAAUACCUCAAGGAACAUUGAUUUGUCGUAUUUUAUUGCAAUCCUUAAACAUGACACAUUUUAAUUCAUCAAAUUCUCAAUAUGGUACAACAAGAUUUAAAUUGCAACAGCGUGUGUUAACAUAUCAAGUUCUAUGCUCGUGGCAAUCUGUUGCUGGAUCACAGAGUUCACUUGAAUUGUUUAGUGAAAGCCUUACUUCUGGCAUUCUAUUUGAUAUCAAAUUUGAUAAACCAUCUCUAAAUUUAGUUGUUGAUAAACAAACAGGUAACAAAAAAAGAAAGAGUGGUGCUCUAAAUCAAAAAAUUAUGAAUCAACGUGAUACUAUUGUUAUGCAUGACUAUCAUGCAAAUAAAACUGUGUGUACUGAAGCUCAUAAAACACUUCAGUUAUUUUUAAACACUUUAUCGUCAAAUUUGAAAGUUCUACAAUUUAAAAUUUUUCAAAGUACAAUCAUGGGUUUGCUAUUAGAAAUUAUUAAGUGUCAACGACCAAAUGAUUAUCCUCUACCAUACUAUGAUGAUUUUUGUCGUCUUAACUUGUACAAGUCUUUGUUAGCUAUGAUUAUUUCACCACAUCCACAAUGCAUUACACAUACAUCUAUAGCAUUACGUGUUUUUACUAUUGGUACAACUGAUCGUAAUGAAAAAAUAAAAGAAAUUUGUAGGUCAUCAUUAAGCGAACUUGAACAUAUUAUCCGUCCACGUAAUGAUACGUUAUUUUUCCCUCUUGAAAAUGAAAUAGAAAUUCCAUCAUGUGCUCAAAAUACUAUACCAGAAAAUAAAACUCAUUUUUUAAAUGAAACAAUUGAAGAUUUGACUAUACCUAUUCAAGUAAAAGAAUCUAAAAAUGUUAAUACUGACAAUGUACAGCCAAAUACAAUUCUACAACCUGCUGGAAAUAUUAUAUCAGAAAACAAAACCCAUGUUAUAAAUGAAAUAGUUGAAGAUUCUACUCCACCCAUUAAAGUAAAAGAAUUUAAAAUUAUUAAUACUGAAAAUGUUCAAACAAAUACUAUUUCACAAUCUGCUCAAAAUCCUAACCCAGAAAACAAAACUAACUUAUCUAAUAAAAUAGUUGAAGACUCAACUUUGCCUAUUGUUGCAAAAGAAUUAAAUAAUCUAAAUACUAAACAUGUUCAAUCAAGUACAGUAAUAGAAUCUAUAAAUGCUGAUAAUAGUAUGGAUUCAAGCACAAGUGAUGAUGAUGAAUCACCAAUUAAAAAUGAACUGGAAGAGGAAAAUUAUACAGAUAUGCUGAACGACUUUAUAGACAGUGAUUAAAAAUUGUAAAUAUAACUUUUUUGGAACUCUAAUAAAUUAAAAUUAUCUAAUACAA